AGCCAGCCUGCCUGCCUGCCGUACCGGCGGCGGCGGGCUCAAGGCCGCCCCGAUGCCCGAGCCAGGCCCCAGGAUGAACGGCUUCUCGCUGGGCGAGCUGUGCUGGCUCUUCUGCUGCCCGCCCUGCCCGAGCCGCAUCGCCGCCAAGCUGGCCUUCCUGCCGCCCGAGCCCACCUACACGGUGCUGGCGCCCGAGCAGCGCGGCCCCGGCGCCCCCGCCCCGGCCUCGGCCGCCGCAGCCGCCGCAGCCGCUGCCACCGCCGCGGCCCAGCCGGCGCCGCAGCAGCCCGAGGAGGGCGCGGGCUCGGGGCCCGGCGCGUGCAGCCUGCACCUGAGCGAGCGCGCCGACUGGCAGUACUCGCAGCGCGAGCUGGACGCCGUCGAGGUCUUCUUCUCGCGCACGGCCCGGGACAACCGGCUCGGCUGUAUGUUCGUGCGCUGCGCGCCCUCCAGCCGCUACACGCUGCUCUUCUCGCACGGCAACGCGGUGGACCUCGGCCAGAUGUGCAGCUUCUACAUCGGCCUCGGCUCGCGCAUCAACUGCAACAUCUUCUCCUACGACUACUCGGGCUACGGCGUCAGCUCGGGCAAGCCCUCCGAGAAGAACCUCUACGCCGACAUCGACGCCGCGUGGCAGGCGCUGCGCACCCGGUACGGCGUAAGCCCCGAGAACAUCAUCCUGUAUGGUCAGAGCAUUGGGACUGUCCCCACCGUAGACCUGGCCUCCAGGUACGAGUGUGCGGCCGUAAUUCUCCAUUCGCCUCUGAUGUCUGGAUUGCGCGUGGCUUUUCCCGAUACCAGGAAAACGUACUGCUUUGAUGCUUUCCCCAGCAUUGACAAGAUAUCUAAAGUUACCUCUCCUGUGUUGGUCAUUCAUGGUACAGAGGACGAGGUCAUCGAUUUCUCCCAUGGCCUGGCCAUGUACGAGCGCUGUCCUCGGGCCGUGGAGCCCCUCUGGGUCGAAGGGGCUGGCCAUAAUGACAUAGAGCUUUAUGCACAAUACCUAGAAAGGCUAAAACAGUUCAUAUCUCACGAACUUCCUAAUUCCUGAAGAAGAUGACUUGAUUUUACCUCAUCUACUGUGAACACAAGAAUCCUCGGUUUUGCACAUGCUUUAACUGGAUAGCUGUCAUGGCGGGAUAACCACGAGGAAGUGCCCAGCUUUUCAGGGGUCCUACUCAAAGAGCUGAGGGCAUCUUGGUCUUUCAUAUCCAGAGGUUCUACUAACUCACACAUCAUGUUAAACUGAACAGUUGUGAUUCCCAGCUUCAUUGCCUUGCAGAAUGGGAAUGAGAGCUGAGUGGGGGGACCGUUUUCUCGUGCUAUAAAAGAUGCUCACACCCCUUUCUCUUCCUUACCCACCACGUAGGAUUCAUUUAUGCAGGACUCAGCCUCUCUCCACCCGUGUUCUCAGUAUGUGACCUGCAUCUCUCUUUCAGCCACUAGAUUCAUGGGUCCAAUCCAUUUGUGAAGCUGUGAUAGUGUAACUGGAAACCAUCGUGUUGAAAAUUCCUUCAUUAAUUUUUGUUAACACUCCGAUCUUUCCCCCAAACAAAUCAAUUAAAGGGUAAUUUACUGGAACUAUCAUGAACGGCUUCAUCAACUGGAACCAUAUAAAUAUAACUGGAAUAUUCUUAAAAGGAAACUGGGGUUUUUUUUAAGUGUAAAUUUAUUACUAGUCCACAGAGUUUUAAUAUUUUGAUCGUCUGGUUGGUCUAACAAAGAACCUAGCCGACUUUCCUUCUGUAAAGUCCUCCUUGUAGGCUUUUUUAAAGUACUGUACAUAUUUGCAAUUACAUUGUGCAUAGAUUCUUAAUGGAUAGUUUUCUUUUGUCAGGCUACAACAAUGAACUGCAGAUUCCUUGUUUGUAAUGUAAAUGAUUGAAUACAUUUUGUUAAUACGUUUUUAUUCCUAUGUUUUGCUAUUAAAAAAUUUUAUAACAUUUCCAAGACAAAAAAUUACAAGUUUAUGCUUUGAAAAAUUUAUGUAAUUAAAAUUUCACUAAACUAAUCUUUUUAGUUUAGGAGUUAUUUGGGUUUUGACACUGGAGUUGCGCCAGUAAGCAUCAGAAGUGUAAGAUGCUUAAAAUUGCUA